UUCUCUUGUGAAUGAAGGUCACGUUUAUGGCAGAGAUGAAGAUAAAAAGGCUAUUGUCAACUUGUUGCUGGGUGCUGGAUCAAGUGACUCUCAACUCUCUGUGAUUCCCAUACUUGCUAUGGGGGGAAUGGGUAAGACAACUCUUGCUCAACUAGUUUACAACGACCAUGAUGUGAAUCGUCAUUUUGAUAUGAAAGCAUGGAUUUAUGUUUCUGAUGAUUUUGACAUUGUAAGGGUGACAAAAGCAAUUAUACAAUCUGUCACUUCUGAGCCCUAUGAUGUUAAUGAUUUAGAUUUACUUCAAGUCAAACUGAAGAACAUAUUAUUUGGGAAGAAGUUUUUAUUCAUUUUGGAUGAUGUUUGGAAUGAAAAUUACAAUAAUUGGACUGUCUUACAAUGUCCAUUUGAAUUUGGGGCUCUAGGAAGUAAGGUUGUUGUCACAACUCGAAAUGAUGGUGUUUCAUCAUUAAUGGGCACUACUCCAAGUUACAAGUUGAAGGAGUUGUCACCAAAUGCUUGUUUGCAUGUAUUUACCCAACACGCAUUGGGAGCAACAGAUUUUAGUGAACAUUUGGAACUUCAAGAAAUUGGCCAAAAAAUUAUAGAGAUGGGUAAGGGCUUGCCUUUGGUAGCAAAAGAACUUGGAGGCCAUUUACGCACUAAGCACAACCAUGAUCAGUGGAAACAUGUGCUAUAUAGCAACAUCCGAGAUAUACUGGAGGAGAAAAGUGCUAUUAUUCCAACUCUUAGAUUGAGUUACCAAUACCUCCCUUCACAAUUAAAGAGGUGUUUUGCCUAUUGUUCUCUAUUCCCAAAGGCCUACGAAUUCGAAGAGAUAGAACUAGUCUUGUUAUGGAUGGCAGAAGGUUUGCUUCAAGAAAUAGAAGGAAACAAGCAAAUGGAAGAUCUUGGUAGUGAGUAUUUUCUUGAUCUACUAGGGAGAUCAUUUUUCCAACAAUCAAGCAAUCAUCCAUCACGUUUUUUCAUGCAUGACUUGGUCAAUGAUCUAGCUCAAUGGGCUGCAAGAGACAUGUGUUAUAGGUUGGACAACAAAUUGAAUGCAAAUAAUCAAUCCAAGAUUCCCACAAAGGUACGCUAUUUCUCAUAUAUUCCUUGCUUUUGUGAUGGCAUCAAAAGAUUUGAAGACUUCCACGAAGGCAUGUCAUUACGGACUUUCCUACCACUACCAGAAAGGAAAGUUUGCUACUUAACAAAUCAUGUUUCUUAUCAUAUGUUGCCACAAUUGAAAUGUUUAAGGGUAUUAUCUUUAAGUGGAUAUCAAAUUAUUGAGCUAUCAAGUUCUAUUGGUGAUUUGAUACAUUUAAGAUACCUCAACCUUUCUGGUACUUUGAUUACCAGUUCACCAAAAUCAGUAAGUUCUUUAUACAAUUUGCAAACAUUGAUAUUGAGACGUUGUUUCAAACUUACAAGGUUACCAAAGAAAAUUGGGAAUCUAGUCAAUCUUAGACAUCUUGAUACUACAGAUGCUUAUUUAAUCAAAGAGAUGCCAGUGGGACUAAAAAAUUUAAAAAGCCUACAAACACUACCUGAAUUUGUUGUGGGAAAAGAUACCGGAUCUAAGGUAGGAGACUUGAUGAACUUGAAGUUUCUUCGCAAAACACUUUGCAUUUCAGGCUUAGAGAAUGUAAUUAAUGUUGAGGAUGCUAGAAAGGCUGAUUUAAAUGGUAAGAACUUAGAUGUAUUGGUUAUGAAAUGGGGGUCUGUGCUUAAUGAUUUACUAGAUGCAAGAGUUGCAAUAGAUGUUCUUGACAUGUUACAACCUCCAACAAUGGUAAAAGAACUUUCCAUUAAGGGUUAUGUUGGUGCAAGAUUUCCAACUUGGUUAGGAGAUCCUUUAUUUUCUAAAUUGGUGCUCCUUAAGAUGAAUAGUUGUGAAAAAUGCACAUCCUUGCCUGCGAUUGGACAAUUACCCUCCCUAAAGGAUCUUGUCAUUAUAGGAAUGGCUGGGGUGAGAAGUGUUGGUUCUGAGUUUUAUGGGGAUGGUUUCGUUAAUCCUUUUAGAUCUUUAGUUAGACUUUGCUUUGAGGAUAUGCAAGAAUGGCAAGACUGGAUUCCUUGUGGAGUUGAGCAUGAAGAAUUCCCUUGCUUGCAUGAGCUUUCUAUCAUUAAAUGCCCCAAAUUGCAAGGAAAAAUGUCCCACCAUCUCCCAUCAUUGGAAAAAAUUUCUAUUCGUAAAUGUGAGCAGUUGGUUGUUUCGAUUCCAAAUUUUCCAAUGCUUCAUGAGGUAGAAAUUGUCGGAUGCAAAGAGGGGAUAAGCAAAAGUCCUGUUGAGUUAAGCUCACUGAAGUCCAUGGUUCUUUCUAUUUCAGAUUUGACAAGUUUGACAGAGGAAUUCAUGCAAGGAUCAACAAAGAUAUCAGAUCAUGCCCAAGACUUGUGA